AUGGUGUUUGCAGACUUCUUGCAAACUAAAGAAUCAGCCCAAUAAUACAAAGUUAAGAUCUAAAAAAAUGAAGAGGAUGAAGACGAAAUAGACAUAAGAAUCUUUGAUGGAAUGCAAGGAGCUGCAGUAAUCGGAGUCUAUUGCUCUAAAUAAAUUACUCUAUAUGAUAGCAAAGAUGAAAUACUAGUUGUUCUUUUAGUUCAAUUUCCCCCUCCUUACAGGAUGUUAUGUGAUAAGAUUGAUUUUUCAAAACAACAUAAUGCCAAAGAAACAAUUCAUUUUUUAUCUUCGAAUAUAGACAGAAAGAUAGAGCCUGAGGGAAUUGAGUGA